CCCCCCGUUUUAGUUUCUUUAUUGACAAAGGAUUUUGAUAAACCCAUUUGAGGUCUUUCCUCUCUGAAUCUCAUCUUCACUAGCCUGACAAAUUGAUGCUUCUCUCCCAGAUAUGCCGUCCAAGGAAAGCAUGUGAUGCCCAUACGAUUCAAGGAAAAGUCCUUUUUGACAUGCUUUCUUCAACUGUCAAAAUGGGGUGGGGCAGCUUUUGCAUGAAAAGCAGUUGUGUAAACUGAAGUGCAAGAACUUCCCAAAUGUUUGAAGGCUGCUCAUCAUGAGGCUCGUUCUGUUCACAUACACGUUCAAAGUUGCACAUUAAAGUGUUUCAUUUUCAGGUUCUUACUUUUGUACAGGCAGGGGUUAUUCCAAAUUGCCUUUAAUGCACACAACUACCUCCCAGAGGAAGACUUGUCCCAUUCCUCCAAAAAUAGUUCAUUAUGAACAUAAUGGAAAAUAGCCCUUUCUUGGCUAACAUCACAAAGCAGAGUGCUUUGCAUGGUGAACUGAAGUAUGACUUAUCCUGUGAGCUCUACAGAAUGUCGACGUUUUCUACUUUCCCCGUUAAUGUGCCAGUGUCAGAACGGAGUUUUGCCCGGGCUGGGUUUUAUUACACUGGUGUGCAAGAUAAAGUUAAGUGCUUCAGUUGUGGCUUAACAUUGGACAACUGGCAACCAGGAGAUAAUGCUAUGGAAAAACAUAAACAGCUGUAUCCUAGCUGCAGUUUUGUUCAAAACAUGCUUUCAGUUAACAACCUCGGACUGUCCUCUCAUUCUGCCUUUUCGCCUCUGGUUGCAAACAGUCUCUCACCAUCCCUACAUUCCAUAACACUUUCUCCAAGUUUAGAACAAGUUGGAUAUUUCAGUGGCUCUUUUUCCAGUUUUCCUCAAGACCCAAUAACUACUAGAGCAGUUGAAGACCUUUCAUUCUUGAGACCUAAACUUCACAAUCCUUCUAUGAGUACAGAAGAUGCUAGACUACGCACUUUUCACUCAUGGCCACUGACGUUUCUCUCACCCACUGAUCUGGCAAAGGCUGGACUUUAUUACUUGGGGACAGCAGACAAAGUUGCUUGUUUCACCUGUGGUGGUCAGCUGAGUAACUGGGAACCGAAAGAUAAUGCUAUGUCAGAGCAUCGGAGACACUUUCCUAACUGCCCUUUUGUGGAGAACUUUACCCGAGACCAGCCAAGUUUCAAUGUUUCGAAUGUGAGCAUGCAAACCCAUGAAGCACGUGUUAAAACAUUCAUAAAUUGGCCAACUAGAAUUCCAGUUCAGCCUGAACAGCUUGCAGAUGCUGGUUUUUACUACGUAGGCCGCAACGAUGAUGUCAAGUGUUUUUGCUGUGAUGGUGGGUUAAGGUGCUGGGAAUCUGGAGAUGAUCCAUGGAUUGAGCAUGCAAAGUGGUUUCCAAGGUGUGAGUAUCUGCUUCGUGUAAAAGGAGGAGAGUUUGUAAGUCAAAUUCAGGCCAGGUUCCCCCAUCUUCUUGAACAGCUCUUGUCAACCUCUGAUACGCCUGUAGAUGAAAACAUUGAUCCACCAAUUAUUCAUUUUGAACCUGGAGAGAGUCAUUCAGAAGAUGCAAUCAUGAUGAACACACCUGUUGUUAAAGCUGCCUUGGAGAUGGGAUUCAGUAGAAGGCUAAUAAAGCAAACAGUGCAAAGUAAAAUCUUGGCCACUGGAGAAAACUACAAGACUGUUAAUGAUCUUGUGUCUGAUCUGCUCACUGCUGAAGAUGAGAAGAGGGAAGAAGAGAAAGAAAGGCAAUUUGAAGAAGUGGCAUCAGAUGAUUUGUCCUUAAUCCGGAAGAAUCGAAUGGCUUUAUUCCAACGUCUAACAUGUGUACUUCCAAUCCUUGGGAGUUUGCUAUCAGCUAAAGUGAUAACGGAACUUGAGCAUGAUGUUAUUAAACAAAAGACUCAGACACCAUUGCAAGCAAGGGAACUGAUAGACACAGUUUUAGUGAAAGGAAACGAAGCAGCCAGCAUAUUCAGAAACUGUCUACGAGAUUGUGACCCUGUACUAUACAAAGAUUUAUUUGUGGAGAAGAAUAUGAAGUAUGUUCCCACAGAAGAUGUUUCAGGUUUACCUAUGGAAGAACAAUUAAGAAGAUUGCAAGAGGAAAGAACGUGUAAAGUUUGCAUGGACAAAGAAGUUUCUAUUGUUUUUAUUCCAUGUGGCCACUUAGUGGUAUGCAAAGAAUGUGCACCGUCCCUUAGAAAAUGCCCUAUUUGCAGGGGGACAAUAAAGGGUACAGUUCGUACAUUUCUUUCGUAAGGAGGGAAACUUGCACAACGUCUUUGUUCCUGUCAUCCUCCAACUGCUGAAGCUUAAGCCAGCAGUGUCUUAAGAAUGGAAAAUCGUGGUACAGAAGAUGAUUAAUCAACUACCUAACACAGUUGUGUAACAGUAAAGUGUGUCAUCAUUAUGAAUAUACUCGGUCUUCCUUGCCAAAGACUAUUUCUGUUCAUAAAACUAGCUCAAUACUAAGGUGAGGUUUUCGUAGUUUUUCUUUCUGAGUAAGAAAGGCAGUUUCACUAGUGUGCCCUUGUGUCACUUUGAGUAAAAAAACCUUUCUGGU